AUGGCCACAGUCGAGAUGAAGAUAUGCGACACGUCAUGGACAGACUCCCGCCUUCGCCCACUCAUAUACAUGAACGCAGACGUGGUUCUGAUCUGCUUUUCUGUAGACCGGCGGUACUCGUUGCAAUUUAUCGCCAACGAUCUCGCUGAAGAGGUUCGACGCUGCUGCGGGCCGGGAAUUCCUGUCAUCCUUGUAGGAUGCAAGACUGACGCGAGGGACAACCCAUACAGAAGGGAGGAUAAUAGGAACGAAGGAUGGGGGAGGAUGAUUACUACUGAGGAGGGCGAAGGAGCAGCACAACGGAUAUCCGCUGCCCAUUACUUUGAAAUCUCAGCCAAGCUUGGACAGGGGCUCGAGGAGUUGUUCAAGUGUGCGGCGAAGGAGGGCGUUAGGUAUCAUUUGGCUUCGUUGUCUAAGCGAAAGAAAUGA